GAAUUGAAUUAUGUGGGUUGAUUGAUUGUUCAGCUGUUUUAUUUCUGGGUUGGAGUUGGUGAUUCAUCUCGUUCUUGUAGUAAAUCUAGAAAUUGAGAAGGCAGUUCGAGUAGGUUUUAUAGUAAUAACCUAUAGAAUAUGCGUAUAACAAAACCCUUCAUUUAUUAUUGUUCUUAAAACUUCAUGAUUAAUAAAAAAUUCACUGGCCUUAACUUAGUGGAAGACGAUGAAGUAUAAGAAUAUUGUUUAAUUACUAAGUAUAAAAAUAAAAAAAUAAAAAAAAAUCUUAUUUAACUAAUUUUGUUAUUUUUAUGUCCCAUGUGCCAAUUGGGAGGGAAUUUGAUGUAUGCAUCAGAACAAAGGUUUCAAAAGGGUUAAGGUUGAGACUUUGAAAAAUCGAAGUCAAGAGAGGGGAGAAAUAAGAAGAAUGUCUCAAGUUUUCUUCGUUUUGAUGGUCAGGCACAAGACAAUAUUAUAUUCCGUAAUUAGGUGAAAAACUACAAACAAUAGGUUGAUAUACUGUGCUGGAGGACUGGGUAUUACAGGACUACAGGUGUGGAUAGGGCUGUGCAUUGCAUUAUAGGCUAAAAUUGGAGUUCAGAACUAAUGCAUAGAGUAUAGCUCUUGUUAAAUUAUAACCCUGGAAUUUGAUUCUUUGGUAUUUUAUUCAGAUGUCUUAAAACCGAGGUUAUACAUAUAUACGAAGUAUUAGUUUUUGACUUUUAGGAGCUUACUGCAACCUUUUUUUCCUCAUCCAAGCCUACAAGGCAAAUAAGUAAGUGCAGUAUUAAAAGGAAUUCCAUAAGGUAGUGUUUGGAUAGGAGCAUUCAUUUCAAAUGAUGAAUUUCAAUUCCAUUGAUUUCAAAUUCUGACAUUCAAUUCCAAAUAAGCUGUUUGGGAAAAUCAAGAAUUAUAAAUCCGUCAUUUCACAUCCCCUAAGUUGUUUGAGAAGAUGUAAUUUUGAUUUGAAAAUCAAAAAUCCCUAAUUAUUUCCAUGCAAUAAUUAUGAAAACUAAAUCAAGAAUUGUAAGUCACUUAAACAUAACAUACAAAUAAAAAAUUGAUAUUUAAUGCCUGAUAUGAUGAAGAGGGUGAUCAGAAGAACUGGACUCAUUUUCACCUAAAAAUAUCCGAAAGCAAUGGACCUUGGAAUUUAAUUGCAAAAAUUCAAUUAAUCUCAAGAAUUUAAUUGCAUAGUAAUGGAACCUAAAACGAAUAAGAAUGUAUUAAUUCCACAACGGACUAAGUAUUUGAUUAAUUAAGAAUGUAGAACAGAAAAUUAAAUUGUUAACAUUAGAAUUUCGGGGAAAACUUAAACCCUAACUAUUCAAUCACUGCCUUCAUCCUCAAUCUGUCAUGACGCGGACGGAGGUUGCUCGGCGGAGGCAAAGAGGCUAUGCGGUGAGGAGGUUGUGAGAAAGAUACAGGUUGAUGAAGUUAAAGACAGAGAACAAGGACGAACAGGAGAGCACAAAUCCAAUUUUGGGGGAAAAAUCAAACCCUAAAAGAAUCGAAGUUUGGGGGAAAUACAUAACCUAAGAUCUGUCAAGCAAGGAGUUGAACUAUAAUGCAAUCAAAUCCAUGUAUGAGUGGGUGCCGAAGAGUUAGUGAAAGAAGAAGAAGUUGUAAUGGGCGAGGCAGAAGAGAGAAGUAGGUAGAACCUGAGAGAGAUGAACCUCUGCAAGAAUUGGAUUUGAAAUGACUUCAUUUGAGAAAGGAUUUGAAAUUCUAUCGGUUGGACGUGUUUCCUAAUGGUUGUUGGCCGUGAAAUCAUCGUUGUUGAUGACGAAGAUCCUGAUGAUGCUGUAAUUGUUUGUGAGAAAGUUGCCUACAAUAGCAAAGGGAAGAAACCUAUGGUUAAUUAUCCUGCUGGACAUGAGGUGAUUACCAUUGAUGGAGCUCCUUCCCCACUAGCAAAUGGAUUUGUCAAAGGGAAAUGUAGCCCUCACUUGCCUUCCAUUGAUGAUGGGUUUGAUGGAUGUGAUAUUGUUGUAUACGAUGAUGGUCAGUAUGACAUGCUGCAAUCUCAUUUUAAUAGUGUAAAAAUCCCAUCUGGAGUAGAAGCAAUGAUGCCAACUUCUGUUGCAAGUGAGAAACAUGCAGGACCUGCAAGCAGCUCUUUUUUACAUGGCACACAAAAGUAUUCUAAUGUCAGUAGUUCUAAGGUGGAUCCCUUCAAAUCAGCAAGUUCCGUUGAGCCAUAUCAAAUUAAAACCUCUGUAUCCAAAUAUGCUCGUAAUAAAUCAAAACGUUCUUCCUUCAGCCUUCCAACUUCUCAGAUCCAUGGCCAAACCAGUGGAGUUAUUCAACCAAUUCCUCAGUGGCCAAUACAACAUCCUCAUACCCACAUCAAGCCAUCUCCUAUGAGUUUACUGUAUAUGCCCUAUUCUGGUGGAAGUACAUAUUCCCAGGGGACACAGUAUUCUUUCCAUGGAAGUCAAAAUCUUUUUGGCACUAGCAGUAACUUACCUAGCGGAAUUGUCCGCAGCAAAGCCAACAAUUUAAGACUUGAGGAUGGCAUCUGUGCAGACAUUUUGCCACCCUCCACUGAUGGGCAAGGAAAUUCUAGCGAAGCUUCUAUUUUGAAGAAGCUGGAACUCUUUAAGAAAUUUGACACUUUAGAAGAUCAUCUGGGUCAUUUAUAUGGAAUGACAAAAGAAUCUUCGAGGCCGUCCAAAGGCUGGGUAAACAAAAUUGCGGAUGAGUGGAGGAUUCUGGAAAAAGAUUUGCCAGAUACAAUAUUUGUUAGGGUUUAUGAGGCAAGGAUGGAUCUAUUGAAGGCUGUAAUGGUGGCAGCUGAUGGUACACCUUAUCAUGAUGGCCUCUUCUUCUUUGAUGUUCAGUUCCCUGCCUCCUAUCCAACUAAGCCACCGUCUGUGAAAUACCAUGCGCACGGCCUUCGGAUAAAUCCAAAUUUAUACAAUUGUGGUAAAGUAUGCCUAAGUCUUCUGGGCACUUGGAGCGGUGCAGGAGAUGAGAACUGGCGUCCUCUCAAGUCAACUAUGCUACAAGUCCUUGUCUCAAUACAAGGGCUUAUCUUAAAUGCUGACCCGUACUAUAAUGAACCCGGCUUUGCAAGAUCUAGAAAUACCCCACAGGGCGCAAAAAAAUCCAGGGAUUACAGUGAAAAUGUAUUUCUUCUAUCACUGAAAACGAUGCUUUACACAAUGAGGAACCCACCAAAGCAUUUUGAAGACUUAGUUUAUGGACAUUUCCACAAGCGCGGUCAUGAUAUACUGGCAGCAUGUAGAGCAUACCUGGAUGAUGGUGUUGAAGUUGGAAGGUUUGUAAAAGGCAAACCCCUUCCUGCUGCUGCUGCCGCUGCUGCUGUACAGGGUAAGAGAAAAACUUGCUCUCCGUUGCUCAAGGUGAAUUUGCCUAGUUACAUCAAAUCACUCGUCGAGGCUUUUACCAAAAUCGGUGUCAAGGACUGCAACAAAUUUUUAAUAACCAACUCAAGGUAGACACUAGACAGUCGACUCUCUGAAAGAGCAAAUGCAAUCCCCUUAUAUUCGAUCAGAAACUUGGGGAUUAUUUUUGGUAUAGUAUUCUCACUAAUGCUGACUAAUAUAGGCUUAGUUAAUGCUGAUUAAUGUCGAUUAUAUAUAGAGACUAGAGACUACAUCUUACUAAUCAAAAUCUUUCUUCUUUUCGGUCAGAGCUUAGUUUACAAAUAUUUAGUCAGUGGUUUGCUGUCUAUCAUCAAAAUGUAAGCACAAUUUUCAAAAUCGUUAAUAUGUGAUGUUAUUCGACUACAAUUUUUUUUCUGA